GGCAUCAAUCCCCUUCCCCCAAUAAAACAUCACAGUCUCUCUGAUUUCACUGAUGUACCCCUUCUUCCGUCUCUGUUCCGACUUCCGAGAGCACGAGUAAUAAUAAUAAUAACUUCUUCCCAUUCCCAUGGAAGCUAAAUCCAUCGCGACGUCUCUCGGCGGUGACCGCUUUUUCAUAUUCCCCACUUCUCCGAGUUCUUCCUUCGUUUCUACAACCCGCCUCCCCCUGAAGCGUGCGUGUACACUUGGUGGUGCUGGUUCCGGCAUCAAUGGCUUAACUCUGAACCGGCGGAAUCCGAUUCUUUCGACUCGCCGACUUGUUCCUGUUCGUGCAAUUGACUCGGACUCGGACCUCCCUCACGAGAACCAGCAGGGAUCUCCAGGUUUUGGUAAACUUAAGGAAUACCAAGAAUGGGAUUCAUGGACGGCCAAGUUCUCCGGUGGAGCAAACAUUCCAUUUCUGAUGCUGCAAUUGCCUCAGAUCAUCCUCAAUUCCCAGAAUCUCUUGGCGGGAAACAAUACCGCCCUUUCUGCUGUUCCGUGGCUGGGUAUGUUGGUUGGUUUGUUAGGAAACCUUUCGUUGCUUUCAUAUUUUGCAAAGAAGAGAGAAAAAGAAGCAGCUAUAGUGCAAACGCUGGGAGUGGUCUCUACUCACAUUGUGCUUGCACAGCUCACUAUGGCUGAAGCAAUGCCUAUGCGCUAUUUUGUUGCUACUUCUGCCGUUGUGAUGUUUGGUCUCAUAUUGAACUGUUUGUACUAUUUCGGUAAGCUUAGCAAACCUUUGUGGCGACUGUGGGAGGACUUUAUCACUAUUGGUGGACUCUCCGUUCUUCCUCAAAUCAUGUGGUCAACUUUUGUUCCCCUUGUACCAAGCAGUAUCUUGCCUGGGACAAUUGCUUUUGCUAUUUCUGUGGCUGCUAUAAUUAUGGCUCGAACUGGGAAACUCUCAGAGGAAGGUGUUAACUUUGUUGGGUCUUUAUCUGGAUGGACCGCAACUCUUAUGUUCAUGUGGAUGCCAGUUUCUCAAAUGUGGACAAAUUUCCUAAACCCGAACAACAUAAAAGGCUUAUCGUCAAUCACAAUGUUGCUCUCGAUGAUGGGAAACGGUCUUAUGCUCCCACGAGCACUAUUUAUCCGUGAUUUGAUGUGGCUCACUGGUUCGUUAUGGGCAACUCUCUUUUAUGGAUAUGGAAACAUCCUUUGCUUAUACAUGGUUAACUGCACCAGCACGUCAUUCUUCGCGGCAGCUACGAUUGGUUUGAUCUCAUGGAUAGGACUGGCUUUGUGGAGAGAUGCAGUGGCUUAUGGUCACAACUCGCCAUUUAGAUCUUUGAAAGAACUUGUUUUUGGACCAUAAACUCAAUACAUAAGAGUAUAAACGCCCUCCACGUGUUUCAAGCAAGUCCAUAGGCUAUAGAUGUAUUUUUAUUCUUUUUCCUAAGUUGUUGUAUAAAACGACCAUUUUGUGUAAUAUUAUUUCCUCUGAAUCAUAUAUUAAAAACAUAAUUUCUGCCGCCGA